AUGAAGCUUCUCGCUACCCUCACCUUCUUCAGCGCUUUGGCUGCAGCUGCGCCAGUCCUCGACGCACGCGCUACUACCACUGCGAAGACCUCCAGUGCUCUCAAAACCAGCAGCGCAGCAGCCGUCAAGUCCAGCAGUGCGGUUGCAGUCGUCACUUCGAAGACCAGCAGCGCAGCUGCAGUCGUCACUGCGAAGUCUAGCAGUGCAGCAGUCGUUUCGAAGGCUAGCAGCUCCGCUAUUGUCUCCAAGGCAAGCAGCUCUGCCAUCGUCUCGAAGGUCAGCAGCGCUGCCAGCUCAGUCAUUACUUCGAAGGCCAGCAGCGCAGCCGCCACCACUACGGGUACCGCACCUUUGCUCGGUGUCAAUGUCGGUGGAUCUUCCUCACCUCUUUUGGGAGUCAAGGUCUCGUCUUCGACCUUGUUGGCCGUCGACGUUAGCCUGGGAGCUUCAUCCGUCAAGGCCUCAUCGGUAGCCACCAUCACUGCGGCGCCCACUUCCGCUCCAGCUACAGCUUCCACCGCUCUGCCGUCUACCUUCUCCGCUCCUGUCCAAGGACAAGGCAAGCUUACGCUGGACAACCUUCCCGCGAUGCCGGGCGUGAUCGACAAAGCCUUCUCCGGUGUUCUUGGUGCUGCCUAUGGUCUCACUGGUACACUCAACAACCUUCUCAUUGACGGCAACAACUACGGUACCAACACCAGUGUGGCAGCGUGGUGCGACGGUGGACGCUGCUAUGGUGCCGCCAGUGCCCCGUUGAGCGCGACAGCUCCUUUCAUCAUCACCUGCGAUCAGCUCAGUGGUACGCAAGUCUGUUCCGCGACCAUCUCUGGCGCGGCAAACGCUAUCUUCCAGAACGGCGAGUCUGUUGAACUCUGGGGCUGGCUUACACCCGCCGGUUACUGCCAGAAUGGUGUAUGCACCGCAUCCAUCACGGCUGUUGGCGACCCAAUGUACUGA